CUAGGAGCCGGGGAGCUUCAGAGUCCCGGCGCCUGGCGAGGAGGGUAGAGCCCACGGGCCGGGCGAACAAAGCGACAGCGGCGCGGGCAGCUCAGGCGCCGGACGCACGGAGCGAGCGACCCGCUGCGCCUUUGUCUCGGGUGGGGCAGGAGCGGCCGCCGAAGCGGGGCUCCCCGAGCGCAGAAUGCGGCGCCCAGAGGGGCGGAUCGAGGAGCGCUGCGGCGGCAGGAGGCGUGGAGCCCGGGCCGGAGCCCGAACGGACUUGUGUGUGUGAAGGGGGGACCCGGCACACUGCCCCGCGAGUACCCGUUGGCCGCACGUGGGCGGGAGUGGCGGCCCGCUACUAGCCUGAGGAGGAGGAGGAAGAGGAGGGCCGCGCGGCCGCGCAGCGGGGACCGGGGGCCGCCUGCGCAAAGCCCCGCCCCGGCCGCCGAGCCCCGGCGCGGGCGGGCGGGAUGCCCCGCGGUCACCGCACUUUGGCUGGAGCGCUGCCCUGAGCGAGCUGGCCCAGCGGCCGCGGCGGCGAGCGCACGGGCGCCGCGGGCGCCAUGGAGCAGUGGCGGCAAUGCGGCCGCUGGCUCAUCGACUGCAAGGUCCUGCCGCCCAACCACCGCGUCGUGUGGCCCUCGGCGGUGGUCUUCGACCUGGCGCAGGCGCUGCGCGACGGCGUCCUGCUGUGCCAGCUGCUGCACAACCUCUCCCCCGGCUCCAUCGACCUUAAGGACAUUAACUUCCGGCCGCAGAUGUCCCAGUUUCUGUGUCUGAAGAACAUUCGAACCUUCCUCAAAGUCUGCCAUGACAAAUUCGGACUAAGGAACAGUGAGCUGUUUGACCCCUUUGACCUCUUUGAUGUCCGAGACUUCGGGAAGGUCAUCUCCGCGGUAUCCCGACUGUCCCUGCACAGCAUCGCACAGAACAAAGGGAUCAGGCCUUUUCCCUCAGAGGAGACGGCUGAGAAUGACGAUGACGUCUACCGGAGCCUGGAGGAGCUGGCUGACGAGCAUGACCUGGGUGAGGACAUCUACGACUGUGUCCCAUGUGAAGAUGAAGGGGACGACAUCUAUGAGGACAUCAUCAAGGUGGAGGUGCAGCAGCCAAUGAAAAUGGGCAUGACCGAAGAUGACAAGAGAAGCUGUUGCUUGCUAGAGAUCCAGGAGACUGAGGCCAAGUACUACCGCACCCUGGAGGACAUCGAGAAGAACUACAUGGGCCCCUUGCGGCUGGUGCUGAGCCCAGCGGACAUGGCCGCCGUCUUCAUCAACUUGGAGGACCUCAUCAAGGUGCACCACAGCUUUCUGCGAGCCAUUGAUGUGUCCAUGAUGGCCGGUGGCAGUACCCUGGCCAAGGUCUUCCUGGACUUCAAGGAAAGGCUCCUGAUCUACGGGGAGUACUGCAGCCACAUGGAGCAUGCUCAGAGCACCCUGAACCAGCUCCUUGCUAGCCGGGAGGACUUCAGGCAGAAAGUGGAGGAGUGCACGCUCAAGGUCCAGGAUGGCAAGUUCAAGCUGCAAGAUCUGCUGGUGGUACCCAUGCAACGGGUGCUGAAGUACCACCUGUUGCUCAAGGAACUCCUGAGUCAUUCUGCAGACCGGCCGGAAAGACAACAGCUCAAAGAAGCACUGGAAGCCAUGCAGGACUUGGCCAUGUACAUCAACGAAGUGAAACGGGACAAAGAGACCUUGAAGAAGAUAAGUGAGUUCCAGUGCUCCAUAGAAAAUCUGCAAGUGAAGCUGGAGGAAUUUGGGAGGCCGAAGAUUGAUGGGGAACUGAAAGUCCGGUCCAUCGUCAACCACACCAAGCAAGACAGGUACCUGUUUCUGUUUGACAAGGUGGUCAUCGUGUGUAAGAGGAAGGGCUACAGCUAUGAGCUAAAGGAGGUCAUUGAGCUACUCUUCCACAAGAUGACUGAUGACCCUAUGCACAACAAGGACGUAAAGAAGUGGUCCUAUGGCUUCUACCUGAUUCACCUCCAAGGAAAGCAAGGCUUUCAGUUCUUCUGCAAGACGGAGGACAUGAAGCGGAAGUGGAUGGAGCAGUUCGAGAUGGCCAUGUCAAACAUUAAGCCGGACAAGGCCAAUGCCAACCAUCAUAGCUUCCAGAUGUAUACGUUUGACAAGACCACCAACUGCAAAGCCUGCAAGAUGUUCCUCAGGGGCACCUUCUAUCAGGGUUACCUGUGUACCAGAUGUGGUGUCGGGGCACACAAGGAGUGCCUGGAGGUGAUGCCCCCCUGCAAGAUCAGUUCUCCUGCAGACUCGGAUGUUCCUGGGGCAGGACCAGGUCCCAAGAUGGUUGCUGUGCAGAAUUACCAUGGUAACCCAGCCCCUCCUGGGAAGCCAGUGUUGACCUUCCAGACAGGGGAUGUGAUAGAGCUGCUCCGAGGUGACCCCGAUUCUCCUUGGUGGGAGGGGCGUCUGGUUCAAACCCGGAAGACAGGGUAUUUUCCCAGCUCAUCUGUGAAGCCCUGCCCAGUGGAUGGAAGGCCACCUAUCGGCCGCCUGCCAUCCCGGGAGAUUGAUUAUACUGCAUACCCUUGGUUUGCCGGCAACAUGGAAAGGCAGCAGACGGACAAUCUGCUCAAGUCUCACGCCAGUGGGACCUACCUCAUCAGAGAGCGUCCAGCGGAGGCCGAGCGCUUCGCCAUCAGCAUCAAGUUUAAUGAUGAGGUGAAACAUAUCAAGGUGGUGGAGAAAGACAACUGGAUCCAUAUCACCGAAGCCAAGAAGUUCGAGAGCCUCCUGGAGCUGGUGGAGUACUACCAGUGCCACUCACUCAAGGAAAGCUUCAAGCAGUUGGACACUACACUCAAGUUCCCCUACAAGUCUCGGGAACGCGCUGCCACGAGAGCCUCAAGCCGGUCCCCAGCUUCCUGUGCUUCCUACAACUUUUCUUUUCUCAGUCCUCAGGGCCUCAGCUUUGCCCCUCAGGGCCCCUCCGCUCCCUUCUGGUCAGUGUUCACGCCACGGGUCAUCGGCACAGCUGUGGCCAGGUACAACUUCGCUGCACGAGACAUGCGGGAGCUGUCUCUACGGGAAGGCGACGUGGUGAAGAUCUACAGCCGCAUCGGCGGGGACCAGGGCUGGUGGAAAGGCGAGACUAAUGGACGGAUUGGUUGGUUUCCUUCGACAUACGUGGAAGAGGAAGGCGUCCAGUGAGAGCGAGACCUGGACAGGACUCAUGGAUGUUCUUGGGAGUCUCCCCUGCUUGGAAGUUCACCACUGGCUUCUCUGUGGUUCUGGAAACUGCCUGCCAAGCCUGCAGCUGUUAUGGCCCAUAGGGAUGGGGAGGGUGUCCUGUCACCUGCCCCAGGUGGCCUGUCCUUGGGUACAUUCCUUGUACAUAGAGGAAAUCUGUGCUGGCCACACCCAGAGCACCAAGGAGAGAGAGCUCAAGCAAUGUGGCCAGGCAGGUGUGGAUGACAGCCACAAUCAGCAGCCACCGCCUGUCCCUCUGGCUUAGAUGAUUGUUCAGGAGCCUAGAACUCAACUCAUGGUGUGCCAGGGUGGGGCUGGGGACAGCAGAAGGGGCCUUCCCAGCCCCACCUGCAGCCCUGCACUGAUCUGCCUGUCUUUGCUGCUGCUCUCUAGAGUAGGUGUCAGGUCUGGGAGGCAGGCAGGACCAGAGCCAGGCAGUGUUAUAGCACCCUCUAGGCCCAGCUUGGAGAGAGAGCUUGCACAGGGGCCACUGGGUCAUGCUAGCUCUGGCGCUUUCCCUGACUGCCUCCCUACCUAACACAUCAGGGUCCUGCUGAGUGCUGACUGGGGAAGCCCCUCCCCCACGAGGGGCCUUUGGAACGAUGACAUUGCUGACCCACUCCCAGCCCGCCCAGUCAGCGGUACUGCUCUUUGCUUGUUGAAGCCCCUUUCCUGAGCCAAGAAACAGGUCUUCCCUGCCCUGCUGCCAGGGGAUGUGUCUGUGAACCCCAAAGGGCAGGGGAGAAAGCCAGGUUCCCCUCCCCAUUGCCUCUCUUCUCUCCAGGAGGCACUCUUGGGUCUUCUGCAUUCCAAGCUGUGGUCCCUAGCAGUCUGCUGGCCUUUGCACUAGAUGUUGGGUCUAGCCCUCAGCAGGCGCCCCACGAGGACUCCUGCAGCCCACACACUGGGCCUGUGGCCAACUCAAAAUAAGUGCUCUUGGGGUGUCUCUGCCCCUCACCUCCUUCUCCUGGUGCUUCCUGGCCUUUGACCUCUGGCUUGCCUGGCCAGCCUCUGUUUCCUUCCCCUGGAGUUCUGUGAAAGCUUAUGUGAAGACACAGACUUCUUGAGGCCCUUUUUCCCUCCAUCUAGCCACCCAGUCCUGGGUGAGGAGGGAGCCCAGGCCGGGACAUUGCCCCUGCUGGAGGGGGACAGUGCACUACCUUGCACCUGGGGACACUUUCCAAAGUUAGCCUCAUGUCCUCCAGCUUGGUGCCCACGUGCAGCAUGCUGGGGUGUCAGGGGAGGCAGGGGGAUUCAGAAGAUGGAGAGCAACAGGAAGUGACACACCCUGGAAAGCCUCAAGCUAGGAAACUGGUGUGGGAGCGAAGGGUUGGCCUUGGAGAGAGUUGGGGGUCACGGGCCACUUUGCACAGCUCCCAGCCUGCCCAGUGCAAGUGCAGAAUGUGGGUGGGUGGGGCCGUGUUCGCCCCUCUGUAUGAAUGCCCUCAGCACACACUUGUGCUGUAGUUUUGGUUUUAUUUUUUUCCUGGUAUUUGUUUGUUUGUUUGUUUUGUUUUUCCGUUAUUGUGUGAGUUUUUUUUGUCCUGUUGUGUUUUGUUUUGCUUGUUUGUGUUUUAAAAGGGGAGAAAGUUGUAAUUAUUUCAUCUAAAACUCCCAUUAUAUAUCUGUGAAUAAGAGAUUCUAUAAUAGCAAAAAGGGUGUAUAUUUUAGUUUGUCAUGGUAAAGUCAUGAUAACGAAGGACACUGAGAAAAAGAAUAAUUUAGAGUUCUGGCUUUGUGAAUGUUUCGUGUUUGUUUUGACAUUUGUGUUUGGUUUGGUUUUCUGGUUGUGAGCUGCACUGAGCAGGGUGCCGGGUGGGCUGGUACAUGGACACCUCUGCAGGAGACUGGACACCAUCUGAGGACUGAGGACUGGGGGCCUGAGAGCAGCUGUGAACAUUUGCAGCGCAAUGCAUGCAAGUCAGGGAUGUGGGGGUCCCACAGCCAGCAGCACCCCCGAAUGGAGCAACUGUACAUUUGCCAAUGGGUUUCCCCCAUGACUACGGUUUUUACUACAAAUAAACCUACGUUCUAUUCUGCA